UACAUGGAUAAGAUGUCCACUGUAUCAGCUAUCCUGCAACCUACAGACUGGAGAAGUGAGAGAUUGGAAACCCACAUCUUUAUUUCUGUGCGAUCCUCUGAAGACUAACAGGACGAUAUCACAGAAACAGGUGAACUUUUUGGAAACUUCCUCUCUGCUGAUCCGUCCCAUCAGUCGAGACUGGAGGUCAGAGAGUUUCUACCCUGGCCUUCUCCUCCAGGGUCCCUCCAAGAAGGUGAAAAUGGUGCUCAGGCGAUGCAAACAAAUGGAAGGCAUGCCCGCCUUGCUGGCGGUGUUGUUUUUGGCAACUGUUGCGAGUGAUGAUGACCAUUCGCAUCGUAUCAGCACCUCUCAAUGUGGUGAAUACAGCAAUCAGGUACUAAAGGAUGGGACGUGUCAAAUAACAGCCACGUUACCCCAGCUGGAUGACCAGCGCUGUCCGGACAUGUUUCGUUGUACGGAUGAGGUGUCGUACUGGCUUCACGAGAACGAAGAACGUAAGCAGCAGAUUCUGGCCCUGCGGGAGACGCUGUCUGAACUUCAGGAGGAGCUUCGCAAUCACCGGCAUCGAGUCAAAGUCUUGGAACUGCAAAGCGAAGAGAAAAACCGUAAUAACUCAUCCGUGGAACAGCGCUUGCAUGAAGUGGAAGACCAUUAUGCUGACGCAACAACUCUCUUGCACGUUCAGGGCUCGUUGAUCUAUGACCUUCAGGCCCAGAUCCAUAACCUUUCACUGCUGGUGGAAAAAGUCAGACGUAACCCCGGUUGCAUGAUCAACAUCGUCCGCACCAGCCCUCUACUUAGUUCACAAGAAGCUCUGCAUCCUGAAGUGCAGCAUGUCAAGAAUUGUCCUAUCGACUGUUCCUCCAUCUAUUUCAAUGGUGUACGUCGAUCCGGGAUCUACACUGUGGUUCCCUCACUAGGGGCCAGGCCUGUGGAAGUAUACUGUGAUAUGGACACAGAUGGCGGUGGUUGGACUGUGAUCCAGCGAAGGCAAGAUGGUUCUGUGAACUUUGACCGCAGCUGGAAGGAGUAUAAAGAGGGAUUUGGAGACCUUCAUACAGAAUACUGGCUGGGAAAUGAACACAUUCAUGACCUGACCCGGCAGGGAGACUAUACGCUCCGUAUCGACCUGGAGGACUGGAGCGGGAAGCACAAGCAUGCAGUUUAUCAGAGUUUCAGUGUGGAGGGUGAGAACACACAGUACCGUCUUCAUGUGUCUGGGUUUAGUGGGACGGUGGAGGAUUCCUUCAGUUGGUACCACGAUAAACAGGGUUUCAGUACACCAGAUACGGGUAACAUCUGUGCAGAAAUCUCCCACGCAGGCUGGUGGUAUAACCAGUGUUUCUACGCUAACCUUAAUGGUGUCUACUACAAGGGUGGCCGGUACUCUCUGAAGGGGAAGAACCCUCUUGGGCCUGAUGGUAUCGUGUGGUACACAUGGAAAGAUUCUGAUUACUAUUCACUGAGGAAGGUGGGCAUGAUGAUCCGACCCAGAACCUUCAGACCGCAUCUGUCACCAUGAAUCAGGGCCCGAACCUUAACCAACCAAUCACAGCUCUCAGAGCCACAGGAGGAUGGGUGAUAAAAGUGUGUAUGGACUUAUAUUGAAUAAAGUGACCUCUGAACGAGACCAUUUAGGUUUAUACAGAGGACUUUUGGCUAAAAGAGUCAAAAUAAUUAGUUUAAACAUUAAAAGUCAAUUUUUGUCAUUUAUUGAUCAAAAUUAAAAUGUGUGAGAUAUGUUCAUAUUUUCUAUACCCAAGAUUAUGAGCUUUAAAAACAUUUUUGGUUGACUUGUUUUUAUAAAUGUGAAUUAAAAUUAGAUUUAUAUUGAAUAAUCUGACUUGAUUAGACUACACUGUUAAAAAUAAAGGUGCUUAAAAGGUUCUUCACAGCAAUUCCACAGAGGAACCUAUUUUGGUUUCUCAAAAAACCAUUUGGUCAAAGGUUCUUUAAAGAAUCGUUUAUUUCAUACAUGUUUAUAAUCUAAAGAAACUUUAAAAAAAAGCACCUUUAUUUUUAAGAGUGUAAUAAACCACUCUCUAAAAAAUGCUGGGUUAUUUUAAACCCAGCGUUGGGACAUAAAUGGAUUAACCAUACCCGUUGGGUUGUGAUUUAACCUAUGAUGGGUUUUUAACCCAUUGCAGGGUUAAAUAUAAAUACAUUUUUUAGGUUAUUUAAUCCAGGGGUUUUUGUUAGCUGAACCACUUGACCUAAAUGAUAUACUUGAGGUACCCACUGAGAUUUAAGUAAAUAAGUAUAUAAGCACAUUUGAAUGUUUAACUGCAAAAACGUUUAUUUUUUCAUCCGCUUCAAAGUUUUAUUCACUAUUUAUUUUUUUACUUAGUUAUUAUAACGUGUUACUGGACCUUCAACUGGUAAUUUUCUUAGUACAUAAAAUAAAUCUGUCCAUUUUGCAUGAAUUCUCAGUUUUCUGAUUUAAUGUACUGCUGUGUAAUGGUCACAUGACAUGCAGGUUAAACAAAUAAAAAUUUAUAUUUUGUUACUGCUUUUUAUUUUUAAAGCAACACUAUGUAGUUUCCAUGUAAAAAUGACUUGCAGCUCCCCCAUGUGGUUGAAAAGCGCAACAGUGCCUGGUAUCAGACACUCUUCUGCAGGCAGGGGCUGUGUUUCCUACCCUCCACCGCCACUUUCAGAGUGUGCUUGUAGCAGCUAGGAGGCUGCUCAGGUUGCAGCAACAGUACAGUUUGUCCAGUUAAAAGUGGUUCUAUAACUGAAAUAAUUUUAGAGACAUUAUUUAAAGGUAAAAAAACUACAUAGUGUUGCUUUAAAUGUAUUUUUUAUUUUUGUAAUUUUUUGUUUUUUUAUCAAUUCAUAAGCCCCCUGCAAUUCUCUGUGAACCACAGUUUGGGAAACCCUGAUUUAACCCAACAGUUGUAUUCAUCCAUAUUUGACCCAAUGCUGGGUUGAAAAUAAACCAGGAUGCAAAAGCACUCACAAGUACUUAUUUGGUGUAUCAAACAUGUUUACAUAUAAAACAACACAUAUUUUGAAAUGGUCUCAUUUGUAUGCGCUGUAAACCUUCACAGCUGCCUCACA